AUGGCGCACCUAUUCAAGGACCUCUCGCUAGGCCACUCCAAGAGAGAGUCAACACCACCUCCUCCACCACCACCACCAACAAUGCAUUCCAGAAUCACCGCCGAUCUGCCUUCCCCGCUCGGUAAACUCGAUGCACAACUCUCCGAUUCCGACAUCCAAAUCACCGCCUACGAGAUCUUCGUCGCCGCUUGCCGUACUGCAUCAGGGAAGCCUCUUACCUAUGUUUCCAACUCCGACUCUCCGAACCACCACUCGCCUCACUCACCUAACUCUCCCGCGUUGCAAAGAUCUCUCACCUCUGCCACCGCUAGUAAGAUGAAGAAGGCUCUCGGACUUAAAUCUCCGGGCUCUGGUUCUAAGAAGAGUCCGGUCUCGAGCAACGGGAAGGCUAAGAAGGCAUUGACCGUGGGGGAGCUUAUGCGGAUACAAAUGCGGGUGUCGGAUACGGUCGAUUCGAGGCUCCGUAGGGCACUAUUGAGGACCGCAGCUGGCCAGAUGGGAAAACAAGUUGAGUCAAUGGUUCUUCCACUGGAAUUAUUACAGCAGCUUAAGAUUUCAGAUUUUACUGAUCAACAAGAAUAUGACUCAUGGCAGAAGAGAACACUGAAAGUUCUUGAGGCUGGACUUCUCCUGCAUCCUCGCGUGCCAAUUGAUAAGUCAAAUGCUGCUUCUCAGCGGUUGCGAAAAAUUAUCAAUGGGGCCUUGGAUAGGCCCAUAGAAACAGGAAGAAACAAUGAGACUAUGCAAGUACUUCGUAGCACUGUUAUGCCUCUUGCUUCUAGAUCAGAUGGAUCUUUCUCUGAGACAUGCCACUGGGCUGAUGGUUCUCCAUUGAAUCUUCGACUGUAUGAAAUGCUUUUGGAAGCCUGUUUUGAUCUUACUGAUGAAACAUCUAUCAUUGGGGAACUUGAUGAGCUCAUGGAAAACAUAAGGAAGACUUGGGGAAUCCUGGGAAUUAACCAAAUGCUUCAUAACCUGUGUUUUACAUGGGUUCUAUUUCACCGAUUUGUUGCAACUGGUCAAGUAGAAAUGGACCUGCUUUAUGCUACCGAUAGUCAGCUGACAGAAGUUGCAAAAGAUGCAAAGACGACAAAAGAUCCAGAAUAUUCAAAAAUUUUGAGUUCUAUAUUGACUGCUAUUUUGGGUUGGGCUGAGAAAAGACUCCUUGCCUAUCACGACACUUUUGAUAGCGUAAAUAUACCUACUUUGGAGGGUAUUGUUUCUCUAGGGGUAUCAGCAGCCAGGAUUCUAGUUGAGGAUAUAUCUAAUGAGUACCGUAGAAAGAGGAAAGGCGAAGUAGAUGUGGCACGCAACAGGAUUGAGACUUACAUAAGGUCUUCAUUGCGAACUGCUUUUGCUCAGAAAAUGGAGAAAGCGGACUCUAGCAGAAGAGCAUCCAGACAUCAGCCCAACCCACUUCCUGUCCUUGCUAUUCUCGCGAAAGAUGUGGGAGAGCUUGCAAUCAAUGAGAAGAAGGUAUUCAGCCCAAUACUAAAGAGAUGGCAUCCUUUUUCUGCCGGUGUUGCUGUGGCCACUCUUCAUGUUUGCUAUGGGAAUGAGCUAAAACAGUUUAUGUUGGGUAUAACGGAGUUGACACCAGAUGCUGUUCAAGUGCUGAGGGCUGCAGAUAAACUGGAGAAAGAUCUUGUGCAGAUUGCUGUUGAAGAUUCAGUGGACAGUGAUGAUGGUGGGAAGGCAAUAAUCCGUGAGAUGCCUCCUUAUGAGGCUGAAGCUGCAAUUGCCAAUUUAGUGAAAAUAUGGAUCAAGACUAGUUUAGACAGAUUGAAGGAGUGGAUUGACCGGAAUUUACAGCAAGAGGUCUGGAAUCCACGUGCUAACCAAGAAGGAUAUGCCCCAUCUGCUGUUGAGGUUUUGCGAAUUAUUGAUGAGACUUUAGAUGCAUAUUUUCAGCUGCCAAUACCAAUGCAUCCAGCAUUGCUACCGGACUUGAUUUAUGGGUUGGACAGAAGCCUUCAAUAUUACGCAAGCAAGGCGAAAUCUGGAUGCGGAUCACGGAAUACGUACAUUCCUACUUUGCCAGCAUUGACAAGAUGUAGUACUGGGUCAAAAUUGUGGAAGAAGAAAGAGAAGUCCCCAAUCACCCAAAAGAGGAAUUCUCAGAUUGCAACAGUGAAUGGGGAUGAUUCUUUUGGGAUAUCGCAGAUGUGUGUUCGUAUAAAUACUUUGCACCAAAUCCGAGGUGAGUUGGAAGGUUUGGAGAAGAGGAUAAUCACACAUUUGAGGAACUCUGAAUCUGCUAAUACAGAAGACUUCUCCAAUGGUUUGGCAAAGAAGUUUGAACUCACGCCGGCUGCUUGUGUCGAAGGUGUUCAACAACUUAGUGAGGCAGUGGCUUACAAGUUGAUUUUACAUGACCUGAGUCAUGUUCUCUUGGAUGGUUUGUAUGUUGGGGAAUCAUCGUCAUCUAGGAUUGAGCCUUUUCUUCAGGAACUUGAACAGAACUUGGCAGUCAUUGCGGACACUGUGAAUGAAAGGGUUCGUACAAGAAUUAUUACAGACAUUAUGAAAGCUUCCUUUGAUGGAUUCUUAUUUGUUUUGCUUGCCGGAGGUCCCUCUCGCUCAUUCACCCAACAGGACUCUCAAAUAAUAGAGGAUGAUUUUAAAUCCCUCAAAGAUCUAUUUUGGGCAAAUGGGGAUGGCUUGCCCUCUGAGUUGAUAGAUAAGUUUUCAACUACAAUGAGAGCUGUCCUUCCCCUUUUCCGCACUGAUACAGAUAGCCUCAUUGAACGUUUCAGGCGUGUGACUCUAGAAAGUUAUGGCUCAUCUGCAAGGUCCAAACUUCCAUUACCUCCAACAUCAGGGGAGUGGAAUCCUACUGAGCCGAACACACUUUUGCGUGUUCUGUGCAAUCGUAACGAUGAGGCAGCUUCGAAGUUCCUCAGGAAGACUUAUAACUUGCCUAAAAAGCUAUAAUAAACUUGAGGCCAAGCUCUAUUUGCGUUUCACUUGCAUAGAAGAACAUUCUGGUAGUUCUUGUAUAUGGCUCAGAUCAUAGAGAUGAUACUCUCCUUGUCAUGCUGCGCUGAAUGAGGAAUGCCUUAUGGAAAAGUGAUUUUGUAUAUUCCCUGGGAGGUUUCAUGUUUUCUCCACCCACUCUUUGGCAGGAGCCAAAAUGAGGAGUAAAGUAACUUAAAAGAGGGGCGUGGACUUCCUAAUGCCUGCUUCUCACGGAAGUUGGUAAUCUUAGUUAUUUAUUUUCAUCAUCUAGAAUAUAUGGUGUUCCUUCACCCCUAUUCUUUUGUCCAUUCUUUUCUGCAUUUGUUUUUCCCUCCAAAGUCUUUUUAUCUUUUCUAUAUAUUUUCUUACGUUUCUAUAUGAAUUCCUGUAGUGGGUUGUCUUUUUCAAGGUUACAAGCAUCAUAUAGUAUAGCUAUUAUUACAUUGCUAAUAAUUGUAUCACAUGCUUUAUCGGUUUAUUAUAGACAUUGUUUCUUGGUUCAGUCUAUUGUUGAUUUGUAA